UCCAGUUGUGGGCGUUUAGCCAGCCCGAACCAAAACAGAACGAGGGGGAGUCGCAGGAUUAUACCAACUUUGAAGACACAUUUGGGGCAUGGAGAACCCUGUAGGUCAGAGCUAAAAUUAGAGGCUGCUCCUUCCGCGACAGCAGCCAAACUGCGAUGCAUAAAGUCAUGUAAACCGGGGGGAUACACUAUCACAAGGGCUGGCAGUAAAAGUCAUGUAUUCCAUGGGUGACAUUUAACGCCACACGCUGACAGUGGAGGCUCUGUGCGUAACGCAGGGACAACGCUGGAUCUACACUGGGCACUGCUGCGCAAAUAAUGAGUAUUUGGUAGUGCGUUUUUGGAGACGCCAUAUGUACUCUCUUCAGCGCACAGCUUCCAUGAGUGUACACUUCUGCAAACAUGUCUUUUUUAUCCAUACCGAGACAAGAGGGCCUUUUCACCACGAUCAAAACCGGCAAAUCAGCAGCCGCGGAGGCAGAGGGUAGAACCCCCAUGGACGACGAGGAGAAUUAUGAUGAUGAUGAUGAAGACGAUGACACCAACGUCCGCCUCAUCCCAAGAUGCUCCCCGGUGCCCAGAAAGCGAGGCCACUCCAUCCACGAUGAAACCGCCGAGUACAUGCGGAUCCAUCUGGCGCUGGCUGCCGGAAAGAGAGUAUCAUUCGCCGAUACAACAGGUGGGGAUCUGGUGGAUGUGAAGGAAUUCGUUGCCUUCGAUUCGGACGAGGAAGAGGGCAGCGCGAAGUGGGAGGAAGAGGAGGCAAAGUAUCGAAAGCCAGAGCGAAAGCCGACUUAUCAUGUGCACCCAGAGUUUAAUACGCCCAGCGGCAGUGCCCUGCUGCAGGCUGUGCAGUCUACCAAAGUGGAGGUGGAGCAGAUCUCUCCUGUAGAGAAUGAGCCACUUGCUUUCACUGGGGUUAUACGAGUCCUCAACAUCUCCUUCAACAAAGCAGUGUACAUCAGAACCACCAUGGACAGCUGGGCCACCUACUUUGACCACCCAGCAGAGUAUGUCCAGGGGUCUCAUGAUGGAAACACUGAUCAGUUCUCCUUCAAGCUGUCUUUUGCACCACCUUACAUCUCACACGGCUCUCGCAUUGAGUUUGUUGUCCGCUAUGAAACCUCUGAUGGUGAUUACUGGGCCAAUAACUCCUCUAUGAAUUAUGUGGUAACUCUGCUUCUGUCCUACGAAGAUGAUUCAGCUCAGACAAACAACAACAAUCACCAAGUAAAAGGUAUCCUGAGACCUCCGAAAGCAUACAGUGCGCAGGAUAAUUUUGAUUCAGAGGAUGAGCUGGAAAAGGACAAAGAAGAAGCAGUGACCUCCAGGUCAGGACUUGUCAGACCUACAGCUGUCUGCCCAGUCAUCGUACAUCCGGAGAUUGACAUAGAGAUUGCAGUUCACCCAGCUGGUCCCUGUGUCUCACCCAACCAAGAGCUUCCAUCUGUUGAUGGCGCACUGUCCGCUCACACUGUAUCCCCAGGUGAACAAUUCCCAUGUAUGUCUUCCGAAACCACGCUUCAAACUAAUUCAUCCUUUGUACUCUGUGCCAGCGAGUCGGUCCAGCCAAAUAAGUCACAGCCUUUACCCAGACUCCACUGUGAAUUAGGAAACCAAACGUCAGAGCAGCUCAUAGACAGUAGUCCCUGUGCACUGCUGCCUGCCUCAACUUCCUCUCUACAGCAAGAGUCAAGCCCGAGAUCAGACAGCUCCCAGGCUGGCGGAGAGGAAAUCCCAUCCUCAGAGGCCUCGUGCAUGCAUCUUCCUACCACAGAGAUGAGUCUGUGGCCAACAAUGGGAGAGGAGGGAUCGACCGACAGCCCCCCCGGUCGUCCUCGUCUUGAACUGCCCGCUGAGUGCGUCUCUGCUCCCAGUGUGACUCAGGGCUUUGAGCAAGAGGUUGCAGUGGGAUUGAGUGAACUCGUUGCAGGAUUAUCAGAAGGUUCCACCAGGUCUGCAGCAAAUCACCAAGGCGGUACACCUGCAAUUUUGUCUCCUGUGGCAGAGAGUGAGGCAUCUCUGGGAGCAGAAGGUGAAGCUCCACCGUCACCUGAACUCACAGAGAGCCAAAACAUAGCUCUUCAGCCUGCCUCAGCCCGGGAAGAGAAGGAAGAUCCCCCCCAGAUUUCCCCAGACGCAUUAUUAGAGAAUCUACCAAACACAUUGUCCGAGCUGCAGCCCGAGUAUGACGUAAACAGGAUUCUGAUGCCACCUGUCAUCUUUCUGAGUGGAGUUGUCUCCCUCUCGAUAGCGAUGCAGGACCCCAGUGCCCUCUUCCUCAUCGGACUACUAUUGGUCUUGCACCGUUUGUGAUUAUGCCACAAAAGCUUAUUCUGAUCUGUUCUCAAGUGAAGUGCCUUUUCAUGAUUCCAAAAUAAGCCAACAAGUUAAAAAAAAAAAAAAAAACACGGAUCUCCUGUUGAAGUUGUGUAUCACUGUGUGAGUUUAGAUGAGUAGAUAUUUUCAUUAAAAGAAAGGGUACAAUUUACAGGUGAUUCAAUGCAAAGUCCAAUGCAAGGAGAAAGUAAUUACACAAAUAUUAAACAUAUUUUCAUGCAUUUUGUCAAACAAGUGUUCGAUAUUAGAAUAGUAGUUAACUAUUACCCUAUUUCUACAUCAGCAUUGUGAUCACUCUAAAGCACAGCGUAUCGUUAGAGAUGUUUUGUAAGUGGUCUGAUAUUACUUUUUCUUGUCAUGUGGAGAUGGUGUACGUGGUGUUAUAUUCUGAUUUAACAAUCAGUCCUAUAAUGCGCUUGUUUUCUGUUUUUCUUUCGUUGUUGUUGUUAGCGUAGCUAAGGUUGUUGUCUGACCCCACUGCCAUGACUGAACUUUUGUGAAUUCCAUGUGUUGGUAUGUCUUUAAUGAAGGACAGAAAACAUGACCACAGUGGGACACUAAGGAGACUUGUUAUACAAAUGGUAUUUUGUUUACAAAAUGCAAAAGCAACACGUGGUUAUGUGAAGUAUUUUUGCCUUAAUGCCCACAGUAAAAAUCAGUUUGAAAUAGAUGCUGCUUAAAGUGUGAUGUGUGCAGUGGCGCCCACAGAAAUUUUUCACAGGGGAGGCCAGAUGGGAACAUGGAAAAUCUUGAGGUGGCGCAUUGAAACUAAAAGCCAUAACUGAAUUUCAGGAAUUCCUUUUUGCUUAGCCCAGUUGAAAACUAUGUCAGUAUGGAGAGGUAGGAAUCACAUAAUGAUAUACUUUGGUUUCUUAUUUUAUAGUUAAUAUUAGUAAUUAUUUGAUGUACAUAGACUAAAGCAGGAUUUAUACUUGUGCAUCAGCUCUAUGCAGACCCUAUGCCGUAGUCUACACAUGUGGCCUACGCUGUUGUGAGCAUUUGCACUUGUGCGGUGGUGUGUCUGAGUCACUCUGCAGUUACACCUCCAAAACACUAGUUGGCGGAGAGGUUUCUGUGAAGUGCUAUAAAGUUUAGUUGAUUCAAAACACACAUUAAACACACAUUAAACAUGGCUUAAUAGAGACAAUUUCAAUCACAAGUACACAAAUCAGCUUCACUAUAACUACAGCAUUCACAGACAAAGCAUUUGUCUUUAUCUGGACACAUUUUCCCCACAAAUACAACAUGCUAAUGUUUUUAGUACAAGCCUAUGGCAUUUUACAUUGUAUAAAUUAGCCUACCGGCUAGCAGACUUUUCUUCUACUCAUAUGAAGCCAGGAACAACAGCAACAUUUACACAGGUCACGUUACAAAAUUUGGUUCCAUUACAGCUCACUGACAAAACAACUGUUUUAUAUUGAAACGCGUUUUCCAAACAAAUGUAACAUGCUAACGUUAUUAGCACAAGCCUAUGGCAUUUUACAUUGUAUAAAUUAACCUAGCAAAUAGAGAUUUCCUCUACUCAUAUGAAGCCAGGAUAAAUCACACACAAGACUUAAAUUGGCUUUAUUGUCUUCACAUGGUUUUCAGCUUACAAAAAUAGACAGGUCUGCUUUGCCGCGACUUGUAGUCAUAUCUCUGGGGAGGUGCACAUCAGGCUAUGGUGUAGGAAACAGAGUAGGCUCUACGUCGAUGCAGAGCCUACGCCGUAGGUACGGCGUCGAUUUUAACACAGAAGUAUAAUUUCUAAAUAAUACCGGCACAGUUAACAUUUUGAGUUCCACAAAAAUCCUGUUUAAAUGCGUUGAGUAGAAAGCAGUUUUGAACACGGUGGUAGGGGUAGGAAGCGGUUGCCACCCGUGUGAAUGCACACAGAUUUUGUUCUGCCACUCAGAGUUCACUGUGUUGAACUUAUUGUGGUUGCUGCAUGGAUUCGGCAGAUUUAAUAGCGGGCAUCCCGGAAGUAGAAAGACCUUGUUAUUAAGGAGCUGAUAAUGUUAGUGUCUGAAUACCCAGAGUUGCAGUGGUAGCAACUUAAAAGGACAACCAGAAGAAGAACUGGGCCUGGGAUAACAUUUCCAACAAACUACAAAUGACUGAUAAAUUGUCCAAAUAUGUAGAAACGUAGUAAUUUCAGUGAUUUCCAUUGUCUUGCUACAGUAUUUUGGACUGUAGUGGCAGUGGCCACUUUUGAAAACACUUUGCUUUUGGGGGAACACUCGUGCAGGUUAGUGCGGGGCAGUGUUAAAGCAGCUUUAGGCGAUUUGUUUUUCUUUAUAUCAGCUGGUUGUCCUUUUUCUUAAGACAAAUACACAACCUUAAUCUUAAGGAGUACAUAGAUUGUGAGGGACAAAACAUUUACUGGGAACAAGCCAUUUCAAAUUUAGGACUGCGCCACAACCUCUUAAAAACAGUAAUGUUGGCCCCCAAUUAUUUUCACAGCCAUGGCCCCCCUGGCCCCCCUGCUGAAGUGGCGCCACUGGAGAUGUGAAAGUGAUAUUUAUCAUUAGAGAACACCAGCCUCUUCACUAUUGCACAUUUCAUUUGAUAUGUCUUCCUGUUGAUUCUUGCUAGUAAACCCAUAUUGUUGUUGUUGCACAACACAAACAUUUUAUAGCACUACUGUGGCAACCUCACAGACAGGCUGAGGCACUGAAUGACAUGUUUGAAGUGAUGAAAGUUUUUGCAGUGUAUUGCCAUUAAACGUGGUCCUAUAUCCUG